AUGUUCAAAGUGAAGAGGCUGGACGAAUUCAACACGUGCUAUAACGGCAGCCGGCUGGAGAAUAUGGCCUUUCUUCAGUGCGUGGAAAAGGUUGAGAAAGUGAAAUGUUUUCUGGAAGAAAAUUCUAGCAAGCAGGAUUCAAGAUCUGGAAAGAAUGAGGCUAGCGAGACGGUGUGGUCCAACUCCGGCUUGACAGAAGGGAUGCCCGUCAAAGGCAAAAGGACAUCAGCCCUCACAGAUGACGUCCCAGCUCCUCCUGCCCCAUUCGGCCAUCGUAUUGUGACAGCCAAGCUAGCAGCAGUCAACAACUUCUACACUGUGAGCCAAACAGAAAUUUUAGGAGGGGGGCGCUUUGGCCAGGUUCACAAGUGUGAAGAGACAGCCACAGGUCUGAAGCUGGCAGCCAAAAUCAUUAAGACCAGAGACUCCAAGGACAAGGAGGAAGUGAGGAACGAGAUCAGCGUCAUGAACCAGCUGGACCACGCCAACCUCAUUCAGCUCUACGACGCCUUCGAGUCCAAGAAUGAUAUCGUCCUGGUCAUGGAGUAUGUGGAUGGUGGGGAGCUGUUCGACCGCAUCAUCGAUGAGAACUGCAACUUGACCGAGCUUGACACCAUCCUGUUCAUGAAGCAGAUAUGUGAGGGCAUACGGCACAUGCACCAGAUGAACAUUCUCCACCUGGACCUGAAGCCUGAGAAUAUCCUGUGUGUGAAUCGGGAUGCUAAGCAAAUAAAAAUUAUUGAUUUUGGAUUGGCCAGAAGUUACAAACCCAGAGAGAAGCUGAAGGUGAACUUUGGAACCCCGGAAUUUCUCGCCCCUGAAGUUGUGAACUACGAUUUCGUUUCCUUUCCCACUGACAUGUGGAGCGUGGGGGUGAUCGCCUACAUGCUACUUAGCGGCCUGUCCCCUUUCCUGGGUGAUAACGACGCGGAGACGCUGAACAAUAUCCUGGCCUGCAGGUGGGACUUAGAGGAUGAAGAAUUUCAGGACAUCUCGGAGGAGGCGAGGGAGUUCAUCUCCAAGCUCCUGAUUAAGGAGAAGAGUUGGAGAAUAAGCGCAAGUGAAGCUCUCAAGCACCCUUGGCUGUCAGACCACAAGCUCCACGCCAGACUCAGCGCACAGAAGAAGAAGAAUCACAGCUCUGAUGCCCAGGACCUUGGGACCAAAUAG